UUGGCACCGCGCUACAUUCCUGCUAUCCUUGUGAAAGCGCAAGGCGCAUAUCGGAAUCGGACGCGCCGUUCAGCCUUCGACACCGUUUCGGUGUGUCGAAUCUCCUUAACGAGUGGCAUGCACUCGGUUCUUCGUGUACGGUGGUGAGACCGCGUACGAGAAAAAAAAAGGUCUGUUAUUUCCGCGUGUGAUUCGCCGCUCGAACUUCGGUGGUGGUCCGGUGUUGUACGGUGUUGCUCGGUGUUGCUGCGUACGUUUUUUUUCCGCAUAAUCCGGACGGAUAGUCGUUAACGUGACGUACGGAUCGUCGCGUCACGACCCAAUGAGAGUGGCGCGAGUCGGCUGAUAAGUAGCCUCGUAGAGAUGGAGAUGGGCUGGGAACAGAAAUUCGUACGUAUUCGUGUCGAGUGCCGCGGGGAGUGUCGCUCUCUCGAAGCAGGUCAGUACGUUCGUUUGUGAUUCAUCGGGCUUGCCGGGCACAGCGAAAAGUGUGUGUGGACGAUGUGAGAUCUGUGCGCGCGGUUACUCUAAUGCCUCGCGAGUUUGUCUGAUCCGUUCCGAGUUCGCAUCGUGGAGCCUUAGAACAUGCUGGGAGACGAUCCACCGUCCCUAUCGGUGGGUACAGAAGUUAGCGCUAAGUAUAAGGGUGCCUUCUGUGAAGCAAAAAUUCGUAAAGUAGUACGAUCAGUAAAAUGUCGUGUAACUUAUAAACCGCAAGGUUUAGGGACUGCUACAGUUGCUGAUGAUCAAAUAAGAGGGACUUUAAGAGUAGGUGCUUCUGUUGAAGUUAAACAUGUAGAUCGAAAAGAACUUGUUGAAGCUACAAUUACAAAAAUCCAAGACUGCAGCCAAUAUACUGUGGUUUUUGAUGAUGGAGAUAUCACGACAUUAAGAAGAACUGCACUUUGCCUGAAGAGUGGGAGGCAUUUUGCCGAAAGUGAAACAUUGGAUCAACUUCCAUUGACUCACCCAGAACAUUUUGGGAAUCCUGUAAUUGGGGGUAGGAGAGGUAGACGAUCAAGGCAAGCACAGGAUGAAAGCAGCGAAGAUGAAGACAGUCCGCCACGAGGCACUCGUGAUUCGGCUUCUAGCGGGGGUGCAAAAGAAGGAAUGGAAACUGAACCAGAAAUUGGUAGAGUGGUUUGUGUGGAACUCGGUGAUAAGAAGAAAAAGGAUAAUUGGUUUCCAGGGCUAGUAGUUGCACCUACUGCUCAAGAUACAGUAAGAAUACGAGUGAGAGAUGAUUACUUAGUACGAUCAUUCAAAGAUGCCAGAUAUUAUACAGUACCCAAGAAAGAAGCUACAGAAUUCACAAAGGAAUUAGUUAAUAAAGUUGAAAAUACUACUCUGAAAGUUGCAGUAGAAAAAGCGCUUUUAUUUUUAGAGAAAAAUGAAUUGCCACCUCAUUGGGAUAGGGAUUCCUUGUUUGGUCAUUCUGUUUCUAGUGGAAAUAGCGAUUAUGAUGGAGAACUUGACUCAGAUAGUUCGGAUGAUGAACCGCGUGAGGAAAAAGAUCAUUUUGUGGCUCAAUUAUAUAAAUUCAUGGAUGAUCGCGGAACACCUAUAAAUGUUUGUCCUAUGAUUGGAUCCGAAGAUAUAGAUUUGUAUCGACUUUUCCGAGCGGUUUAUAAAUUGGGUGGCUACAAUCGUGUUACGAAUCAAAAUCAAUGGAAAGCUGUGACACGACGACUUGGUUUUACAAUGCAAAAUUCGGUACCCUUGUAUAAUCUUGUAAAACAAGCUUAUAAAAAGGUUUUACACUCCUUUGAGGAUUUUUACAGAAAAUUAGGCUGCACCAUGGUAAAUCAUCCGCGAGGUAGCAUGCGUAAACAACGUCCUGGAAGAAGUCUUAUUCGUGAUAAAGAUCGAAAUACUCCUAUACCACCGCCAGCACCAGCACAGGUGAAGAGUGAUAAGGAUGAAGACGAGAAAAAAGUUGUAGAGGAUGAGAAAAAAGAAAAGAAGGAGAGUAAGAAGGAACAAGUGAAAGAAGAGGAAAUUAUCAAAAUAAAGAAGAAAGAAGAAUCUGAAGGAAAUGCUAGCGGUCAGGAAAGCGAUGUAAACGUGGAAGGAGAUACCGAAUCAUCAUCCAAUAAUGAAAAAUCACAAAAAUCGUCUGCGCAAAUUCCAACAUUACCUCCCAAUGUGAGUAGUAAUACAGUUGCAUCAUCUGGCCGAACCAAAUCAAAAAGUAAAGAAGAUACUAAGAAAAAGGUAGCUGAGAAGAAGAAAACAGAAACCAAGAAGCAAGAAAAGAAGGAUGAUAAAAUCAAAGAAGAAGAAGCUACUAAGACGAGAUCUAAGGCAAAAGAUGAUAUCGUGAAAAAUAAAGGCGCUUCCGAAGGAAGGGAAACUCGGACUCCAUCUAGGGAAGCAGAUAAGAAAACAGUGUCUAAGCAGCGACGUUUAACGGAUGAAGAAUUAAAGAAACGGGGAAGAAAACGCAAAGAGCAUGAAACGGAAAAGUCACGCGCAGAUGAACAACUCACAGAGACAGCUCCCAGUUACAAGGGUCCUGUGGAAUGUGGUGACAAAUUAAAAGUCUAUUACGGCCCAACGCACGAAUCCAAAGUUACUUACGAAGCAAAAGUCAUUGAAAUAGAAGAAGGUCCAGAACCAUUGUAUCUUGUACAUUAUACAGGUUGGAAUACCAGAUACGACGAAUGGAUUAAAGCACCCAGAAUUGCUCAGAAUAUUACACAAGCUCAAGGUAGGGUAAAGCGCAUCAAAGCAACUCCCAGACCUCAAACUCCCAGUACGAAUUCGUCUAACAGUGUCAGUAGGUUAAAAAGUACUUGUAAUUCGAGCAUUAACGCAUCGCAAAGUCGUCGCCGGGCACAAAGCGUUGCUCCUACUUCUACUAGCGCCGCUCAGUCAACUUUAACAUCUACGAAGGAAACCAAGAAGGAAGACAAAGAGAAGGACAAGGAGACAAUACAACCAACCAGGUCCACUACUCCGCUUUCUAUCGCUAGUUCUAGUUCUAGAACCAAGAGUCCCGCCACGCCAGCUAAUCGGCUAACCAGAACGACCAGAAAUGUAGAGUUAUCUGGAGUGGAAUAUCGUAGGCGCACAAGGAGAACCUCGGGACACACAGAUCUAUCUGUUGCAUCGGAAAGCGAGGAUAGUGAAGGAUAUGAAUCUGACACUACCGAGCCUGAACAAACCAAGACCAGAUUGAGAGGAAUAGAAGAAAAACGAAAGGAAGCGCGAAGUAGAGCAGAAGAGAGAAUUAAAACGGACGAUGUGACGAUGAGCGAUGGUGAGGAUGAUAAAGACAAUUUGGAUGAACCGCGUAAAGGUAGACGUUUGAGAAAAACGUCCGGCAAAUCUCAAGGCAUUAAAUCCGAACCUGAUAGUGAUCAAGAGGAGCAACCAAAGGGUCGAGAUUUUGAUCUCAAUCAAAUACGAUCUGAAUUGAAAGGUUUUGACAAAGCUGUCAAAUUAGAGAUAGUCAGGGUGGAACCCGAGCCUGAAGACGAAAUCAAGCAGGACGAAAAAGAGAACGUGGCUGCGAUCACGAUGUCACCCAAGGUGGAGAAAACUGUCGAAUCUCCAAAAGUAGAAAUUGUGGAGCCAAAAGUGGAAAGCACGGAAGAUAUAUAUGAAUUUAAAGAACCAGAACCAUUUGAGUUCGAGGUAAGAAAUAAGAGAGAUAGUAACGAUAAAGAUAAAUUAAAGAAGAGAAUGUUCGAAGACGAGGCAAAGAGUCCGAAGAAAAAGCAGAAAACACCAGCUACAGGAUCUGUAACAAAGGAAACGAAAUCGGAACCCCCAGAGAAUGACUCUCGGAAGAAGCCGAGAAAAUUGUUUGGUAAAAAAUCUGAUGAUGCACACGAGGCACCAGUCAUUGCUUCCAACAAAUCAUCCCAUAUCGCAUCGUGCAUGGCGUGUGAGGAUGUUUUUAACAAAUUUUGUGAAUCAUCUACAUCAUCCUCUGCAUCAUUCAAUCAAUUCAAAUCGACUGUCACGGAAGAAUCCGGUAAUAAAGUAGUUGGUUUAAAUCUCUUGUUCAACGAUUUGCCAGCGGAUGAUGAAGCUACGCGCGAUGAUUCCGAGGAUCGUCUAAUAAUAUCGGAGACUGAGAUAUCGGAGAUGGAACCAGAGAAUGUAUUUACCAUGUAUCAACAGGAGAUUCAAUUCCAUAGCAGCAAAUCGCCGAGUACAGCGGAAUUAAGCAAGAACGAAGCAAACACUACGAUUGAAAGUGUGAAGGACGAAGCGUCAAUAACUAGUACGAGCAAUAGUAAUAAGCCUAUUAACAUCUCGGAUCAGAAACAAAAUCAAAUUAAAUCAUUACCAAGUCAAGCUGUGGCUGGACAAUCGCAGUCAGAAUUGAGGAUGUUGGACUCCUCAAAGUUGCUCGAUGUCACCCCGGUCCCACUGCCGAUCGUGACUCCUCCAGCUCCCAUAAGCGCGAGAUUGCCAGCGACAUCCACGAUAGAAGAAAAAUUAUCAGCUGCGAUGGCAUUUCGAAGCAAAGCUAAAGAUACCAAAAAGAUUACGGAGGAAGAUACGCCUGAUUUCGUACGCGUAAUCAAGAUAAUCAAGGAAUCUAAGAAAAUAGACAUUACUACUCCACAAAGAGGCAAAGAUGCGGAUUGCAGUAUUCCUGCGACCGAAAUAAACAAGAAACGCGAACAGGAAAAAAUGUCAGUGAACGAAGAGAAUCUACGCAGAGAGAUCAUGCGUGUAGCAGUUAAACGAAAGGAAGAAGAAUUAUCGAAGUUACCGAAGAAAGAGGUGGAAUUGAAGAAGUUCUCAGAGACAAAAGCGAUCACUGAACACAAAACCAAAUUGCAGGAAGUCACUAGAGAUGAAAACUGGAGGAGCGUCGGAUACGAGAUAUCUGAUAAAAAGCCCGAAGAGGAGUAUAAAACAACGGAUCAGAAAGAAAAAGAUAGAAUUGAAAGUCAUAAGAAACAAAUCAACCAAGACAUUACAGAUUCUACAGAUAGCAGCGAUUCGGAAUUAAGACUUGUGAUAGACAAUGAGGAGUUGCAAGACGUUAAAGUAUCAACACCUAAUUACAUGAAAUUAUCAGCGGAAUUAGAUCAUGUAGAUAAUACACAAGAGAGAUACGCGAGGCCGCAAAUAAUGAAAACACAAAGUGUUCAUCAUCAACAGCAGCAGCAGCAACAACAACAACAGCAGCAACAGCAGGAGUGUAUGGAGUUCAGGACUGAUGUAGCAUCUGUUACAAAAACAGACGAAGAAGGUGAAACGAUGAAUUCGCUGUUAUGCGAAGAGGAAAUACCUGGCUCACCGGCUCCAUUGUCUGAGAGCAUUGAACAAGCCAACAUUGGUCCUUCGUGUAGUCCGCCGAAAAACGAAGCCACGGAGAGUAGUAUAGCGUUGAUGGAAAUGCCUUUCGCAAGCGCACCGACUUCAAGUCAAAGUACGACGAGUAGCAAUACUGUUGCUACUCUUAGUAUGGCAUUGCCAAAAACUGUAGAAGUAUCAAUACCAGUUCCGCUACCGAUACAACAGAAUGUAUCUUUAAACAUACGACAAUCACAACAACAGCAGCAGCAACACCAACAGCAGCAGCAACAACAACAUGUAUCAGCUUUGAUGCCAUCGCAACGACGAGAGAGCAACGAAGCCGCACCGGUAAUGGACAAUACGCCGCCGACUACACCCGAUUCGAGUAUUUCCAAUAUCUCAGGUUCGCCUAGAGAAGAGAGAACCGGUGUCUCAUCGCCGACUUCAGAGGACAAUAUCAAACUCAAUCGCGAUAGCUCCGAAGCAGAUAACGACAGCGCUGGCAAAGGCCCUGGUUUCAGCGAAGAUGAUACCUUGCCCAACUCUGAAAGUAACUCUGCGGAUAGGAUUCUCAAACCGCCUGCUAAACGCACAGUCGAGGACAUGCAGUCACCCAAGAAACGCAAAAGAAGUAGAAAACAUUCGGAAUGUGGUACCGGCAGUGUCGUGCCAAAAAAACCCGGCAGGCAGAACGGCAGGAAUGGCAGAUUCGGAGCUGGGAGUGAUAGCGAUGACACCAGUGAGGGUUCCAAUCUCUGUGUAAUUAACAACACACCGACGAGUCAUGCUAGCGCCAUCACCAGUGUUCCCGAUCUUAGUACCUAUUCAUCAAGAUCACCAAGACCAACAAAAUACAAUUUUUAUGUCGAAUUAGAUCCUGAAUUGGAUGGUAGUCAAAGGAUAGCUGUAUUACAGCAAAAGUUAACCGAAUUACGAAAGACGUAUAAUGCCGUAAAAGUUGAACUCGCUGCUAUAGAAAGACGUCGGAAGAAAUUGAGAAGACGAGAACGAGAAGCGAUGAAAGCAGCUAAAGCAGAAAUGCAGCAAGCUUGUUCGUGAUAGACAGCACUGAAAAAUCAUUCUUUUUUUGAGAAUUAAUUAGGACUAAUAUAUAAGAUUUAUUAUUGGCACGGGCAUCAAGCAACAAUGGAUAUCUCAUGACAAUUUUUAAUAUCGCUUAGGUAAUAUAUACUCUGUAAUUUUUCUUUAUCUCAAAACAAAACU